AGCGGAGUUGCACAGCUGAACAUGGCGGUGCCCAGUGCCGCACUCGUGCAUCUCCGAGUGCUAUGCAACCUUGGAGUAAAAACUUGUGGUACAUUUUCCAGAACCGGACAGAACAGCAUCUGGAUCAGUCGCUGUAGACAUGACUUUGAGAGAAGAUUUGGGACGAGAGCCAGAACGGCGCCGAACCAGAAUGCAGCUCAAACGAGACGGGGGCACCAGGAUUUCCUGAAGGAGUUUCCAGAACCGAAACAGCUCUUGAACCAAACGCUGUCCCGCUCCCUGGGCAUUUCCGACCUGUCCCAGUACAUCGAGUACCGCGUCAGUGAGGGAACCGUCAAGAGGGCUACGUUGACCGUCCAGUGGCCGGAGGUGAUCGAGGUGGAGGGCUUUGGCUCCAGGAAGAUAGAUGCAGAACGCCGAGCUGCAGCCGCUGCCUGUCACAGGUUGAGGGAACUGGGAGUGCUGGAGCCAGGGAACCAGUUUUCACGAAGGAGACCAGUCCAAGAACUGAGGGAGGACAAGGAGGAGGACUGGGGAACUGCAGACGUUGCUGAUUUCUCACGGGCCUCCCUGGAUAGGACACAAGGCUCCCCUGGCCCCCCCAGGUCGUCUCAGGAGGAUGGCGAUGUGGCCCACGCUCUCUCCUUGUUCCCCAAGGCAAAGGCCAUGCUGGCACAGGUCAUCCAGGUGGCCACGUCUUCCUCCAGCCUCAGAGAGCUGAUGCAGUACGAGACGCGGGGGGGCAAGGUGAAGACGUGUCAGCUGACGCUGCUGUGGCCUGAGGAGAUGACCUUUGUGACCUCGGCAGGGCGCAGGCUGGAGGCGGAGAGGAGGGCCGCAGCACUGGCCUGCCUCAAGCUGAAGGAAAUGGGUCUGUUGGGCCCGAACAACAAGCCCCUGACCCACGCCAUGUACCACAGGGAGCAGGUGCGUGAGAUGGGGCAGAGGGAGCGAAGACCCUGCACCCUGGAGCUCCCCGAACAUCUGGAGAGCCAGCUGGCAGACUACUUGAGACAGUAUCCAGCGGAGGAAGCGAUGCAGAGGCUUUGGGAGGAAGAGGAGGACAGAGCAGGGCGGCCAGUAAGCAUGGAGGAUGAAGAUGAGGUUAUUGUAGAUGCCAUAACAGGCAGGCCGUACCAGCCCCUGUCCCCAGAGGAGGCGGGGCUUCUGAGCCACGCCCUCCAGAUGAAGUGGCAGGAGGUGGAUCCCGGCUUGGGGGUGGAGCUUCCCGUGGACGCGCACCGGGAGCGUGUGGUGUCGGCGGUGGAGGCGGAGCGGGUGACGGUCAUCGCCGGGGAGACGGGGUGCGGGAAGACCACGCGCAUCCCACGCUUCCUGCUGGAGGGGCGCGUUCGCGCCCGGGACGGGGCGCGGUGCAACAUCCUGGUCACCCAGCCGCGCAGGAUCAGCGCCGUGUCCGUCGCACACAGGGUGGCUCAGGAGCUCGGACCCGAGCUCCGACACUGCGUGGGCUACCAGGUGAGGCUGGAGAGCCGUCCCCCGGAGCGCAGCGGGGGGGCGCUGCUCUUCCUGACGGUGGGGGUGCUGCUGCGGAAGCUGCAGGGGAACGCGGCGCUGGAGGGGGUGAGCCACGUGGUGGUGGACGAGGUCCACGAGCGCGACGUCAACACGGACCUGCUGCUGGCCCUGCUCCGCGCGGCGCUGCGGGACAACCCCGGCCUGCGGGUGGUGCUCAUGAGCGCCACGGGCGACACGGCCAGGCUGGCCCGCUACUUCGGGGGCUGCCGGGUGCUGCGCGUGCCCGGGUUCAUGCACCCCGUCCGCCAGCGCUACCUGGAGGACGUCCUGCAGGAACUGGGACGGCCCCCACCACCUUUAACACGCCCACCCAGUGCUGAGAGAGAGAAGGAAGACGACGAUGCCGCUCCAGACCUGGAUCUCGUGGCAGAUGUGAUAGAACAUAUUCACACAUGUGGAGAACCAGGGGCAGUGCUGUGUUUCUUGCCUGGCUGGCAGGACAUCCGCCUGGUCCAGCAGAGCCUGGAGGAGAAACCUGCUUUCCAGGGAAACAGCUGUGUAAUUCUGCCCUUGCACUCCAGCAUGUCCGUGUCGGACCAGCAGACCGUGUUCCAGCGCCCCCCCGCCGGCCAGCGCAAGAUCGUCCUGGCAACCAACAUCGCAGAGACCUCGAUCACCAUCGACGACAUAGUUCACGUGGUGGACGUGGGCGCUCAGAAGGAGCAGCGCUACGACCCGCGUACCAAGGUGUCCUGUCUCGACACCGUCUGGAUCUCGCGCUCCAACGUCACCCAGCGCAGAGGCAGGGCGGGGCGAUGCCAACCUGGCCACUCCUACCACCUGUUUCCACGGGAACGCCUGGAGGCAAUGCCAGAAUUCCCUAUCCCUGAGAUCCUGCGCACCCCUCUGGAGAGCUUAGUGAUGCAGGCCAAGAUUCACAGUCCACACAGCAAGGCUGUGGACUUCCUGUCCCAAGUUAUGGACAGUCCAGACAAGGCGACAGUAGAAGAGGCUGUCAUGAACCUGCAGGAGAUCGGGGUGCUGGACCGGGCGGAGUCCCUGUCCCCGCUGGGGGAGCGCGUGGCCUGCCUGUCCUGCGACCCGAGGCUGGGGAAGGUUCUGGUCCUGGCGGCGCUGUUCCGCUGCGCUCUGCCGCUGCUGUCCGUCACGGCCUGCCUGACCCGGGACCCCUUUCUCAACAGCAUGCAGAACCGGGCCCUCAUCAACCAGGCUAAAGCUGCUUUGAGUGGCUCCAGCUGCAGCGAUCACCUGGUGUUCAGCCGGGUGGUGCAGGGCUGGAGGAAGGUGCAGCAGGUUCGCUCGAGCAGACAGGAGUACCUGGACGCCUACACCCUGUCCGGCAGCAGCCUGCGCUUCAUACAUGGGCUGAUCCAGCAGUUCAGUGAUAAUCUGCACGAGGCCUCCCUGGUACCCAAUGCGUCAGACUGCCUUCGCGUGUCCUCCCUCCCGAACCAGUUCAGCCAUGAGGACGAGCUGGUGAAGGCCGUACUGCUGGCCGGACUCUAUCCCAACCUCAUCCAGGUGAAGAAGGGCGUGGUGACCAAAGGGGGCCGGUUUCGGCCGGACAGCCUGGCCUACCGCACCCGCAGCGGGCCCGUCCUCCUGCACCGCUCCACCAUCAACAGGGGGGAGGAGGAUCUUCCUAGUCGCUGGCUCACUUUUUUCACGGCUGUCAAGUCCAGCGGAAGAGUGUUCAUCAGGGACACCUCCUCGGUCCACCCGCUUUCCCUGCUGCUGCUCACUGACUGUGACAUCACGGAAAACGUGUCAGGGGAGCGAGUGGAGGUCUCGUUAGGCGGCCGGUCUCUGGUGCGCUGCGAGCUGUCGGCUCACAGCUGGAAUCUGCUGUGGGAGCUUCGCAUGUCCCUGCAGGCCAUGCUGCAGAGACGGCUGCGGCGCGACCACCGGGCCUCCUACCCCAACACCAACCUCAACACCAACGCUCAGGACCGCCAGCUCAUCGCACUGCUGGUGGAGCUGCUCAACGGCACCGAGCAGGGGACCGACGUCCCGCACGAUGGCACGGACGCCCCAGAGCUGUAGCAGGCCGUGACGCGAGAAAACUCCUCAGCCACCGGACAGCCUCAUUCCUCAUAGCAGGAUUAUGAGUCAUGCAUGUGCGCCAUUACAGGGGAUGGCAACACGGGCACAGACUCACUGAUCUUUAUACUGUGUGGAUUGACUGACACAGUUUACUCAGUGGACACAAAGAGCCGUCCAGAGCCAGAAAAUCUGCAAAUCUGCUCUGGAUCUCUGUAGGCCUGGCCCAGAAACUACCUAGAAGAUGGUGAGAUGAUCAAAGGGAGGAAAUUGUGACUGGAAAGUUAUAUUUAGCAUGAACAAGUGGAUGGGUGGAUGAACUGAUGGCUGAGCUCCUGUUCUUCAGUGGGGGGAGGGGGUAUUUCAGCCAUGCAAGCCAGCAGAGACCACCCUGGAGGAGGAGGGUUCCAUCCCCAUGUGGGACACCGUUUUAACUGGCACUUUAACUGGUAGGCUUGGAGGACCUCUGGUUGCGUUUGAAAUAAAAGCCAUACCUUUCAA